GCGGGAGUUUGAUGACGCGAGGGGGCGGAGUCCGGGGAAGCUCUGUGAGACGGCCGCAGUGGUGCCCGGAGCUGGCAGCGUGUGAAUCGGACGGGAGCUCGGAAGGAGGAAGAGGCGGCCCGGGGAGGGGAGGGGAGGCCGAGGACGGGACAUCCGCCCCGCUGCAGCAGAGGUAGGAGAGCAUUUGUUCCAGCUUUCUCACUGUAGAAAGUGACAUCAGAGUCACAUGACUGGCACGGACUAGAAUCUGUAGCAGUGCUCAAGGAGGGGGAGAGCCUGUGCAGUUCCUUCUGGAAGUGUUUAUAGGAGAUGCCUCCAACUUGUCUGGCAGCACCAGCGUGUUUAACCCUUCUGCGUUGCAGUCUUGGGGGUCCCAGAUUCAGUUUAGCCAGAGCACUAGCUGCAGGCCUGACCUGUAACCUGACAUGGCCACAGCCUCGCCACGGCCGGGGAAUCGAAACAGUCUUGAAGAUUUACAGCUGCACGUGACAGUGUCCUGUGCCAAACUGAAGCGGAAGAAGAACUGGUUUGGAACGACUGUAUAUACAGAAUUAGCUGUUGAUGGUGAAACAAAGAAGACUGCAAAAUCAAGCAGCUCGAGUAACCCCAAAUGGGAAGAACGGUUAACUGUGAGUGUGACCCCACAAACUACACUUGAAUUCAAGGUAUGGAGCCACCAUUCGUGGAAAGCGGAUGCGUUGCUUGGCAAAACCGCUGUCGACUUAAAGCAAGCUCUGGAGACCCAUAACCGGAAGUUGGAAAGAGUGAAAGAACAACUGAAACUUUCAUUGGACGGCAAACAUGGCACAGUACAGACUGGCGAGCUGACAGUCAUUUUAGAUGGAUUAAAUGUGGAGCCUGAAUCACUUGCUACGUUUAACUCAACAGCCACUCCAGCCAGAGAAAUCCAGCAGAAUGGGGAUGCCGUCCGUGAGAAUGGAGGAGAAACCUCUUUGGAAGCAAGAGUUGGAGCCACUUGCGACAUGCCCAAUGGGACAGCUAGUGAAACCACAUCCGAGCAGAAUGCCUUUAAUACACAAAUAGCAAAUAUAGAUAGCACUCAUUCCCCUUCUCGUGUUGCAGCCAGACCCAAAAAUACACCAGCACCAAAUCCACUGACUGGCGAUAGAACUGUUAAUGGCACAAGUGCUACAUCUGAAGCAAAUAGCACACCUUCCCAUGAAGCUUUACCAUCUCCUGCCGGAGCCCCCUCAUCAGAUAGCAUAGAGAUGAUGGACAGUACAUCAGAUGGGCCAGUAUCAAUACCUUUAGAUAGCGGCACGUCUGCAGAGAGCAGUUCUGCUGGGGCUUCAUCAGAACCAGUAAGGGCUGCAGACUCUGGGCCAUCACCUGCUGCUGGCAGCAAUAGCCCUGAUGCUGCAAAACCAAGGCAGGCGUCAUCUACAGGUUCUGGGGAUCCUGUCAGACAGCAGCCAAGCUCCGCUGCAGAGCCUUUGCCAUCGGGAUGGGAACAGAGGAAAGACCCCCAUGGUAGAACCUACUACGUUGAUCACAACACAAGGACUACAACAUGGGAACGCCCACAGCCUUUGCCUCCUGGGUGGGAGAGAAGGGUCGAUGAUCGUGGGAGAGUAUAUUAUGUUGACCAUAACACAAGAACCACAACAUGGCAGAGGCCUACUAUGGAGUCUGUACGAAACUUUGAACAGUGGCAGUCUCAGCGCAAUCAACUCCAGGGAGCUAUGCAGCAGUUUAACCAGCGAUACCUCUAUUCGGCAUCAAUGUUAUCCGCUGAAAAUGACCCGUUAGGACCACUUCCGCCAGGAUGGGAGAGAAGAGUGGAUUCCACUGAUCGUGUCUAUUUUGUGAACCACAAUACAAAAACAACACAGUGGGAGGACCCUCGAACUCAAGGUUUACAGAACGAAGAUCCAUUGCCAGAGGGCUGGGAAAUCCGCUACACAAGAGAAGGAGUAAAGUACUUUGUAGAUCACAAUACAAAGACGACUACUUUCAGCGACCCAAGAACUGGGAAGUCAGCAGUAAGCAAAGGGCCACAGAUUGCCUAUGAACGUAGUUUCCGCUGGAAGCUUGCUCAUUUUCGUUAUUUAUGCCAGUCCAAUGCACUGCCCAGCCAUGUGAAGAUAACGGUGUCCAGGCAGACGCUCUUUGAAGACUCUUUCCAGCAGAUUAUGGCAUUAAAACCAUAUGAUCUGAGAAGGCGAUUGUAUGUCAUGUUCAGAGGGGAAGAAGGUUUGGACUAUGGAGGCUUAGCCAGAGAGUGGUUUUUCCUGCUUUCCCAUGAGGUACUGAACCCCAUGUACUGCCUGUUCGAGUAUGCAGGCAAGAGCAAUUACUGCUUGCAGAUCAACCCUGCCUCCACCAUUAAUCCUGACCACCUCUCCUAUUUCUGCUUUAUUGGCCGCUUUAUUGCAAUGGCGCUGUUCCAUGGGAAGUUUAUUGAUACUGGCUUCUCUCUUCCAUUCUACAAACGAAUGCUCAGCAAGAAACUUACCAUUAAAGAUCUGGAAUCGAUUGAUCCCGAGUUCUACAACUCUUUGAUAUGGAUACGGGACAAUAACAUUGAAGAAUGUAACCUGGAAAUGUACUUUUCUGUGGACAUGGAAAUAUUGGGGAAAGUCACCUCACAUGAUCUGAAGCCUGAAGGUUCCAACAUCCUUGUGACUGAGGAGAACAAGGAAGAAUAUAUUGGUCUCAUGGCAGAAUGGAGAUUCUCACGUGGAGUUGAGGAACAAACCAAAGCAUUUCUUGAUGGCUUUAAUGCAGUGGUCCCACUUCAGUGGCUACAGUACUUUGAUGAAAAAGAGUUAGAGGUUAUGCUGUGUGGCAUGCAGGAGGUGGAUUUAUCAGACUGGCAGCGGAAUACAGUCUAUCGGCAUUACACAAGGAAUAGCAAGCAGAUCAUAUGGUUCUGGCAGUUUGUGAAGGAAAUGGACAAUGAGGUGCGGUUGCGGCUGCUGCAGUUUGUCACUGGUACCUGCAGGCUGCCGCUGGGAGGAUUCGCAGAGCUCAUGGGAAGCAACGGUCCACAGAAAUUCUGCAUUGAGAAGGUUGGAAAAGAAACAUGGCUCCCUCGAAGUCAUACAUGUUUCAAUCGACUGGACCUGCCGCCAUAUAAAAGCUAUGAACAACUGAAGGAGAAGCUGCUUUUUGCAAUUGAAGAAACGGAAGGAUUUGGCCAAGAAUGACAGGCAGCUAAUUAUUUUUUAUGGACAUGCAUUGUAUGCCCAGCCAAGUAAAAUUGCACACAAUUAUUGUAUAUUGUAUAUAUAUAUAUAUAUAUAUGCUGUUUAGUCUGUACAGUGAUCUUUCUCAAACUAAUGUGUAGGUCAGGGUUAGGCAACCACUGGCAUGCCAGCUGUUUCAGAACGACAACUCCCACACUGCCCCACCAGCUUUACUGAUGGUGAGUUCUGGGAGAUGUCAUUGUGCAUCAGGUGGACUGGCAAAGGGUGCCUAUCCCAAAGGUAGAUAUUUGUUCUUCCACCUAGAUAUGCAAAACACUUUAGCCUUUUUCUAUUUUUAUUUAUUUCCCCUUCAGAUGACUGAUUAGUUACAAAAAAACAAAAAAAACAAAUAACUUUAAUUUUAAACGCUGACUGAAGACUUUAUUUUAAAAUUUAUAUAUAUAAAUAUAUCUAAUGUGUAUAUACUUGGGAACUCUAGUUUUAUAGAGUUGUAAGUAUGCAGAACAUCAGCCAUUUGAGGAGGCUCGGGAUCGCUUUAUAACAAUUUGCAAACAGUCAUGUUCUUCUACAGAACAUCCUUAUCACAGAUGUCUAUUGCAUGGCUGCCAACAGAGGUGUUGAGAGCUAUUGCCAAAAAAAAAUUAAAAAAAACCUUUGUUAAUCAUGCGAGAACUAUUGCUGCUGGCUUUUCAGAAUGGCAGAAUGUGCACAGUUCUGCUCCUUUCAUUUACUCAGUGUGAUAGGCUGAUUCUAUUGAAUGGUGCAUAUGUAGCUGAAGCUAUGAGCGUGGCACCUACUUGCAGCUGCUGCUUCCUGGCCCUGUACAAAAGCAGCACAUUGCUCCUCCGUGUGUUGCCAUUAUUGCUCAGUAUAGACAGGGUUUCUGAGAGAGCAGGCUCGGUAGGGGCCACCACUUAGCUUUUAGAUGACAGUGUGAGUGACGGUCUGGCCGUUUCAACAAGGAUUACCUGGAAAACUUUUGAAAAUAAGACGAAUAAAUUUUUUUUUUUUUGCUAGA